AUGGGGAAGGUCAGCCGCGCUUCCCUAACCCCUAUCUGUCGCGAUUCCCACUCAUCCGGCGGCGGCGGCGGCGGGCAGCAGCAGAAGCCGGCGGUGGAGGUAUCGGCAGCCGCGGAGGAGGGCGAGGAGCAGGACGUGGCGGCGAACACCUCGGCGUGCGAUGAUGGCCAGGCGGAGGACAAGGACAAGGACAAGGACAAGGAGAAGGGGAAGGAGAAGAAGGUGCCCCCGGUGGUGACGGCGGUGCUCAAGGUGGACAUGCACUGCGACGGCUGCGCCAAGCGCAUCCGCGGCUCCGUUCGCCGCUACCCAGGUGUGGAGGGGGUGGCGAUGGAGGUGGACAAGGGGACGAUGACGGUGGUGGGCCGCUUCGACGCCAAGAAGCUGCGGGACCGCGUCGCCAAAAAGACCAAGAAGAAGGUCGACCUAGUCGGCGACAAGGGUGGCGGCGGCAACAAGGGAGGAGGAGGCGGCAACAAGAAGGGCGACGAAGAGAACGGCAAGCCGGACAAAGAGCACGAGUACGACCAGGAAGAGAAGGACAAGGAGAAAGAGAAGGAGGAGAAGGGAAAGGACGACAAGGGUGGCGGCAACGGAGGGAAGGGGAAGGGCGGCAAGGACAACAAGAAGCCCGUGGUGCCGGUGGUUGGCACGGUGGUGCUCAAGAUCGGAUCCUUCGGCCUCCACUGCGACGGCUGCAUGAACCGCAUCCGCACCAAGCUCUUCAAGAUCAAAGGCGUGGAGCAGGUGGGCAUGGACAUGGGCAAGAACCAGGUGACCGUGACGGGGACCAUGGACAUCAAGGCCCUGCCGGAGAAGCUCCGCAAGAAGCUGCGUCGCCCCGUGGACGUGGUGCCGAACAAGGACAAGGACGGCAAGGACAAGGACAAGGACGGCAAGCAGCAGCAGGAAGGCGGCAAGGAGAAGGAGAAGGACGCGGCGACCAAGGCGCUGACGGAGGAGUUGGAGGCCUGGAAGGCCGCCUUCUACGACCAGCAUGCGCUGAUCAACACCGAGUUCAUGCUCAGCGACGAGAACCCCAACGCCUGCUCCCUCAUGUGAUCCGUCGUCGGUCAUGGAUGCUUGUCGCGCGAGCUGGGUUUCUUUGAUCCGUCCGUCGAUCUGUUUAACAGCAAUUCUUGUAGUGUUAGUAGUUGAGUUCUGUGUAGCUAAGCUAGGAUUAAACAGAAGAGACAGGGUGGACAGGUGAAAUGAAUUGGAAGUAGGAAGUGAUAGAUAGAAAUGGAAUGGGAGAUAGGUCCAUAGACAGACAGGGACAGAUGCAGAGUGCAAGUUACAAAGUUUGAGCAGGAGCUGGUCUGGUCACUGCUUUUUCGGGAACUGC